AUGGGAGUGGACACGUCGCACGAGCGGUGGUACACUCUGCAGUCAAGAUCAGAACCGUUCCAAGCCUUUAAGAAUUCCUUGAGAAACAAGGCGGCUGUGUCUAUGUGUGACCUUGAAUUUGGCUGUGGCAAGGACGAGGGACCGAGCAUGGGGACCAGGUGCCGUGGGUUCUGGUAUGAGCGGCUGGUGCAGCCCUGCCUGGUGGAAAUGCUGGGCUCUGCCCUCUUCAUCUUCAUCGGCUGCCUGUCGGUCAUCGAGAACGGGCCGGAAACCGGGCUGCUGCAGCCGGCGCUGGCCCACGGGCUGGCCCUGGGCCUCGUGAUUGCCACGCUGGGGAAUGUCAGCGGUGGACACUUUAAUCCUGCCGUGUCCCUGGCGGCCGUGCUGGUCGGAGGCCUCCACCUGACGCUGCUGCUUCCGUACUGGAUCUCCCAGCUCUGCGGGGGGCUCGUCGGGGCUGCCCUGGCCAAGGCCGUGAGUCCGGAGGAGAGGUUCUGGAAUACGUCAGGGGCAGCUUUUGUGACGGUGCAGGAGCCGGGGCAGGUGGCUGGGGCAGUGGUGGCAGAGCUCGUCCUGACCACGCUGCUGGUGCUGGCCGUCUGCAUGGGCGCCAUCAACGAGAAGACGCGGGGCCCUCUGGCCCCAUUCUCCAUCGGCCUGUCUGUCACCGUGGACAUCCUGGCAGGGGGAGCUGUGUCUGGAGCCUGCAUGAACCCCGCCCGGGCCUUCGGACCCGCUGUGAUGGCCGGCCACUGGACCUUCCACUGGAUCUACUGGCUCGGCCCGCUGCUGGCCAGCCUGCUCGUGGGCGCGCUUGUCAGGUUCUUCAUUGGCGAUGGGAAGACCCGCCUAAUCCUAAAGGGACGGUGAAGCCGAGGGCGGACUUGUGUUGCCCGGCGCCCUCAGCGGGCAGGGCAGCUGCGUUUCCCGCGGGGCACAGGCCCAGAGCAGCGGCCCCCCUGCUGCCCUGACUUCCCUGGGCCUGGCUGCGCAGACGGACAGACACUGCUGAGUCCCGAGGGUGCUGUGGGUUGUGGGAAUCCUCCUUGCUCAUCAGAGCCCCAGCCCGGGGGACGUGUGGCCAGCACUGCCCAGAGGGAGGUAGCAGCACGUGAGACACGUGUUUGCUGAGAGCGAAGGUCCCCGGCGGGAGGGCCGUCGGGAGAGGUGGCUGAGCGGCCACCAGCCUUCCCUCUCCCUCUGAUUGCUGUCACCGGGGGGCCGUCUGUGGUCAGCCAUCGCCUUGCUUCUGCAGCUGCCAAUCGAGCUUUGCAAUAAAUA